AUGCUGCUGUGUGGCUGUUGCUGCCGCAGCUGCAGGCUGCGCUGCCAACGCUAACGCCAACGCCAACGCUGACGCCGACGCAAGCAGCUGCGCCACACAACAAAGGUGGUUGCAACACUCUCCGAAUCUGUAUAUGUACUUUCAACCCUCAAUUCGCCAGGGGCUAAAAGUGUGUCUCUCUUUAAGGGUAUGUGUGUAUGUGUGUUUGUGAUCCGCUUUUGUAUUGGUAAAUGUUGCCGCUUGCCGCCAUUGCUGCUGCUGCUUAUUCCUGAGCUGUGCGCUUGGGGUUUUGACCAAAAAGUUGAAUCAGUUGCAAUCGAGGCCUCAGUGUGUCAUGUCGUCAGCGGGCGCGUCUUUCUAAAAGUAUUCCACAAAUACUGCAAAACUAUGAUCCAUCGCAUGGAACUACUUAAUUAAUUUAUCGAAACCAAUCACACAAAAAUAAUAAAAAAGGAAACAAAACUGAAAAAUAAAAAAAAAAAACAGUGUUUAGUGCAGUGAGUGCUUUAAAGUCCUACAGUUCUUACCAAAAACCACUAAAAAACUACCAUGAGUCUGCCGUCGGGUGUGGACAUGCAGAACUUGAUGUCGCAACAUCCGGUACUUGGCGCCCUGCCACCUGCCUUCUUCCUCCGUGCCGCCUCGGAACGCUAUCAACGGACACCCAAAUGUGCCCGCUGUCGGAACCAUGGCGUGGUCAGCGCCUUGAAGGGCCACAAACGCUAUUGCCGCUGGAGGGACUGUGUUUGCGCCAAAUGCACUCUAAUCGCAGAACGUCAAAGGGUUAUGGCUGCUCAGGUUGCCUUGCGUCGCCAACAGGCUCAAGAGGAGAACGAGGCCCGCGAACUGGGCCUACUUUACACAUCCGUUCCUGGCCAACAGAAUGGCGGCGACAGCACCACACCCACCCCGCACAGUCCCAACCACAGUGGCAGCGGCGGUUCCGCCAGCGGUGGAUCUGGCCAGAAUGGCGUCUUCCACGGCGGAAUACCAUCGCCGCCAAGCGACGGCUUCGAUGCCAGCUCCACUCCCAAUCAUCUCCAGCAUCCGCAGCAGCAGCAAUCGCACCACCAGCAGCAGCAACAUGCCCAGCAGCAACACAGCCACAGCCACCAGCAAUCGCAGCGAUUCAAUGGCAAUGAAUCCGACACGGAUGGACGCACCCGUUCCGAGCACCUGAGCGUGGGCUUCUCGCCUACGAGGACCGAGCUGGACGAGAGUCCCGUUUCGAAACGAGGAGCUCCUCUCUCAAAUGAAACCGAUCAAGACACUGGCUCAGAGUCCGGAUCCCCCAGCAGUCCCAGGCCAAAAGUGGCUGGACUUUUCAAUCUCACCAGCUUGUCGCCUGCUCGAACUGGUCCGCCCAGCUCUCCAGAGUCCGAUUUGGACGUUGAUUCGGCGCCGGAUGAGGCCACGCCGGAGAAUCUCAGCCUAAAGAAGGAGGACAGUCAAUCGCCACCAAACACACCCGCCGAAAACUUGCAUUUACUGCGAACCUUCAGCAGCAACCAUGGCCAGGGCUUUAUGCCGUACCACCACACGCAGUUCCUGGCCGCCGCCGGACUGCCCACGCACCACCAUCCACCGGCCCACUCGCCACACCACCAACAGUCGCCGCACACACAGCAGCAACAUCAGCAGCAGCAGCAGCAACAACAUCAGCAGCAGCAACAACAGCAGCGAUCUCCCAUUGAUGUCCUGAUGCGAGUUUUUCCCAAUCGCCGACGAAGUGAUGUGGAGCAACUGAUGCAGAGAUUCCGUGGGGACGUGCUCCAGGCCAUGGAGUGCAUGCUGGCUGGAGAGGACUUGGGGCAGACGCCACCCCAGGUGCCGCCGUCGCCACCCUUCCCCAUGAAAUCUGCGUUCUCCCCACUGGUUCCGCCCUCGGUCUUCGGUUCGCCCACUCACCGAUAUCAUCCUUUCAUGCAGGCCCACGCCAAGAGGUUCCUAUCCGCCCCGUAUGCCGGAACCGGCUACCUCCCUGGUGUUCUCAGUGCGGCGGAUAUCGAGCAGUCCGAGUCCAACGGCGCCGGCGGUAUCGGAUUGGAUCGCAGCAGCAAUGCCGGGGACUCCCAAGAUUGAGGCAACGAGGCGGAGGCCUGCGGCUCUGCCGUUUUCCGGCCUUUCGAGUAAAAAAAAUGAAAUUCGAUUUCAAAAAGGGUUUCUAAAACUGAUUUAAUUUUGCUUCCAAGAUGUUUGAAAGACAAAAUUAAAUUGGUAAUAAAAAUGCCUUUAUAUAUAAAUUUCUGUGCUUAUCCAUUUUCCUCAAUUUGUUUGUAGCUAUUUCAAAAAAUAAGUGUAAAUUAUAUUUACCCUUAAAAUAGUAGCUCAAGUAUUGUAACAUAGACAUCGUAAUUAUAACUAUAUGUAUGCAUCGAUCGAAGCACUUGAACCCAGUUAAGCCAUAAGAUAUACAGAUUUGUUUAGAAGAAAUUAAACUGCACGGAUGAUGAGAUUAUUGUGUAAGGGAUUAAUAAAUCACAUCCAACUAAAUGAGAUAUACGUGUGUACCAUAUAAAUACGAGCAUAUAAAAUUAUAUUAAAUAUCAUAUUAUGUAUUAGAUAAAAUACAUUUCAAACACUGUGUUAAAGUAUUUAAUAAAUCUAAAAAGUAAUUCAAUAAAUUUAAAAG